UUUAUGGCAUAUUCCCCAUUCCUUUCUAUCCCCACACACCUCUUUUUGUCUCGAAUUCAGAAGUGCAUUCCAAAAUCAUGGAAACAAACCCCGCAACAAUCACUGUUCAAUCCCAUCUUGUGUAGCAAUGCAUCUAUGGUUGGUGUUCUCAUUGCAUCCCUCAAGGACUUUGUGACCAAUGGCCACCUAUCAAGUGCUUUCAAAACCUUCAUUCAAAUCCAGCACCAUGCUUCUUCACACCUUCUCCUGCACCCCAUUAGCUCUCUUCUCUUUGCUUGCACGAAGUUUGAGUCAUUGUCACAGGGUAAGCAGCUUCAUGGCCAUAUCAUCUCAUUGGGUCUUCAUCAAAAUCCUGUGUUGGUUGCAAGGCUUAUUGAUUUUUACACAAAUGUUAAUCUCAUUGGCGAUGCCCAAUUUGUCACUGAGAGCUCUUGUACUUUGGAUGUUUUGCAUUGGAAUAUGCUUAUCUCGUCGUACGUUAAAAAUGGACUUUAUGGAGAGGCUCUUUCUGUGUAUAAGAAAAUGUUGAGUAAGCAGAUUAAACCAGAUGAAUACACUUAUCCCUCUGUUCUCAAGGCUUGUAGGGAAUCGUUGGAUAUCAAUACUGGGGUGCAGGUUCACAGGUCUAUUGAGGCUAGCUCCAUGAAGUGGUGUUUGUUUGUGCAUAAUGCUUUGGUCUCCAUGUAUGGUAGGUUUGGGAAUCUGGAAGUUGCGCGUGACUUGUUUGAGAAUAUGCCAGUUAGAGAUGUUGUUUCGUGGAACACUAUAAUCAGCUGUUAUGCCUCUAGGGGAAUGCGGGAGGAAGCGCUUCAACUGUUUGAUAGUAUGCAGGAGGAGGGUGUUGAAAGGAAUGUGAUUACAUUGAACACCAUGGCCAGAGGGUACUUGCAUUUGGGCAAUUUCAAAGCGGCACUUAAGCUGAUUUCCCAGAUGAGAAUACUCGUUCAUCUGGACGCUGUUGCAUUGGUCAUUGGGUUAAAUGCGUGUUCCCACAUUGGAGCUCUUAAAUUGGGAAAGGAGAUGCACGGUCAUGCGGUGCGAAUUUGUUUUGACGUGUUUGAGAAUGUGAAAAAUGCAUUGAUUACAAUGUAUUCUAGGUGUAGAGAUAUUGGGCAUGCAUUUAUGGUGUUUCAUAGAAUGGAAGAGAAAGGUUUGAUAUCUUGGAAUGCCAUUCUUUCUGGAUAUGCACAUGUGGAUCGAACUGAGGAAGUAUCCUUUCUUUUCAGAGAGAUGUUACGGAAGGGUGUUGAACCUAAUUAUGUGACCAUUGCAAGCGUUCUUCCCUUGUGUGCUCGCAUAGCGAACCUGCAGCAUGGUAGAGAGUUUCACUGCUACAUUAUGAAGCGUGAACAGUUUAAGGACUAUUUGUUAUUGUGGAAUUCCCUGGUGGACAUGUAUGCAAGGUCUGGCAAAGUUUUAGAAGCCAGAAAAGUGUUCGAUUCAAUGAGCACAAGAGAUGAAGUUACAUACACUUCCAUGAUUUUUGGAUAUGGUAUGAAGGGUGAUGGAGGAACAGCUAUAAAACUAUUUGAAGAGAUGUGUGAGUUGGAGAUUAAGCCAGAUGUAGUGGCUAUGGUUGCAGUUCUCACAGCUUGUAGUCAUUCUGGUCUAGUAGCACAGGGACAAAUGUUGUAUGAAAGGAUGAAAGAUGUUUAUGGGAUAGUUCCACGCCUCGAGCAUUUUGCGUGCAUGGCUGAUCUCUUUGGGAGGGUUGGUCUUCUGAACAAAGCGAAGGAGGUUAUCACAGGGAUGCCAUACAAACCAACAUCGUCAAUGUGGGCUACUCUCAUAGGGGCUUGUCGAAUCUAUGGAAACACAGUGAUAGGAGAAUGGGCAGCAGGAAAAUUGCUAGAGCUGAAACUUGAUCAUUCAGAUUAUUAUGUGUUUAUUGCCAACAUGUUUGUUGUUGCUGGUUGGAGCAAACUAGCAGAGGUGAGGACUUAUAUGAGGAAUUUCGUGAGAAAAGCUCCUGGUUGUGCUUGGGUUGAUAUUGGCACUGAGUUCUCUCUCUUUUUGGUGGGGGACACUUCUAACCCUCAUUCAUAUGAGAUUUACCCUUUGAUGGAUGGAUUGGUUGAGCUAUUGAAAGAUGUUGGUUGUUUCUUUUCCUUUUCGGUUGGGGACACUUCUAACCCUCAUUCAUAUAAGAUUUAUCCUUUGAUGAAUGGAUUGAAUCAGCUAAUGAAAGAUGCUGGUUAUGUCCGUAGUGAGGAGUUUGUUUCAUCCGAGGAAGAAUCAGAGGAGAUGAAUAUAGUAGGGAAUGUAUAA